GUAAGGCCUAUUCCUCUAUUUUCACUCUACAAAACCUAUAUUUGCUAAACCUUCUUGGUAACAUUUCCUCAUAACUCCUUUGUAGAAUCAGGAGCAGGAAUGAACACAGACACUUUGUUCAGAGUCUACUGUGGAGGAAAAUCUCUCAGACAGAAGUACUUCCCAAACCAGAAGGAAGAUAAUUCAACUUUAUUUGAUCGAAUAAAUGGCCACAGAAAAUCGGUAAAAGUGUAUAAGCCUGUAAACAUCACUGAAAUAAGGGAACAAGUUUUGAGAGUUCCAAAGCGGACAAAGAAUCAAUACAGAGAUGAGAUGAAGAAUAAAUCUCUUGUGAAGCAACUUCGGAACAAAAUCAAUUCGAUAACCAAACAUUCACAUAAAUUUAACGAUCUUUCUGAGUCCCAGGAGGAAAAAGAGCUUUCGAUUAGAAAUAUCAGAGUCAAAAAGAACUUUAGUGGUGCAGAUAGUCUUUCUCUUUGAUCUAGACCAAGGCAAGCCAAAAAUAAAUACAAAUCAGUUUCUGUUUCAAGAAGAACUCCUUUAAAAAGAAAAUAUAAAGGAAGCAAAGAAAAGACACAUCCCAGUGUGAUGAAGAUUAACCCUAACGAUGACUGAAGUAUGGGAUCUAUCAGCCAUAAAAGCUCUAAAAAUGGCUCUAGAAGGUAUAACUCGGUCUCUACAAAUAUAAAGAAGCAUUCUAAAAGUCGUUCGUCAUAUCAUAACGAACUAGUUUCAGUCGAAAACCAAGCAGAAACUGAUAAAGAGACCACUAGGCAGAAUAUCAUCCGACUUAUUAAUGAAAUCCAAGCAAGAAAAGAAUCCAACUCAGAUAAAAUUUCAACAACAACAAGUGGUUUCACAAAUUCAAAUAAACCUCAUUCAAAGAUAUAUAACUCAUUCUCUCCAAAUUUCUCCCACAGCACCAGAACUUCAGCCGUUCCCAUUCCAAACAUCCAUCAAGCGUACUUAAAACCCGACCAUAACAAAUUUCCCGCCUGGCCCAGCCGCCUCUCGGCUGUUCUGGAGUCAGUGCCUGCUAAGCAUAAGAAGAAGAGAGAAAUAGAGGUGAUUAAUUCAGAUGGCAUUUUGAAUCAUUAUCUUAAGAAGUAAGGAC